AUGCCCACAACUCCAUCUUCUCCAGUUGCCCAGCAGUUUGCCCAACCACCUCCACCUUGUGCAUUUUCCCCACCGCCUCCAACAUCUGUCGAGUAUAUGUCCAAUGGCCUUCAAGAAUAUGCAAAUAACGGACAAUACUCCGCUCCUUCUGGUGAUUCCUAUAACCUAGGAGUCAUCCAAACAUCCUCUUACAGCGUCUAUUCUGAUACAGCCUCCGCAAACGUUCCACAAAACAGCCAUGCUGGAAUGCCGACUGGUGCCACAGAGGUAGCAGCCCAAAUUUCACAACAAAUAAAGCAUCUGGUCUCGCGUGCAUCACCGCCACAACCGGAUUUAUCUGGAGGCGUUAGGAUGAGCACAGAUUCAACACAAGGCUUCACACCAAACAAUUCCCAGACUGAUCGCAUCCUGGCGAAUGCCUCACCCAGUGCUCUCUCGCACCAAUCACUACCCACGGUUCUGUCUUCGGGCGUCGCUGCUGGGUAUUCCCGUCACAGCUCUGUCUCCGAACGUUCCACGUACCCUGCUUCGAUUGCUGGCGUUGUUCAAUUUGCCUCGAACUCCGCCAGUCCCAUACUCAUUAGA